CUCUGUCUCUCUCUCUCUCUCUUGCUGAUACAGUGGAGGUGGAGAUUUCCAAUCCCACCCAGUCACACUGAGAAAGGAUUUGGUAAGGUUUCCCCAGAAGAAGCCACACUGAGGAAAUUCUCAGCAGCAGCCUGAACUACACUUGGAGUGAGUUUGCAGUCUUCUAUGCACGGAAUUGGGGGCAGAAGCAGCUGUAUGGUUCCUGGAUGAGAGCCAAGGGAGCUUCAUGGUGAAGAAGUGAGAAGGAUCACACUGAAAUAUUGAAAGAACUAUUUCAUUGAAUGUACCUGCUAUUCAAGAUUUUAGGAUGGAAACCUUUUGUUUAAGAGUCUCCUUGCUACUGCUUGUCACUGGAUGUGUCCUCAGCGACAGUUCUGACAGAUAUUACACCAAUCUGAGUGAUUCUGGAAACUAUUUGACCACGUACUCUGGAAUAGAGCCCAGCUUACUCCUUACUACUAGCCGACCCAUGGUACCCAACAAAACAAACUAUUGCUCCCAACGGACUAAAAUUGUUGACACUUUCAAAUACGUUAACACAGUGAUAGCUUGUAUUAUUUUCAUCGUUGGAUUGGUUGGGAAUGCAACUUUGCUGAGGAUCAUUUACCAGAACAAGUGUAUGAGGAAUGGCCCCAAUGCGCUGAUAGCUAGCCUGGCACUAGGAGAUCUUAUCUAUAUUGUCAUUGAUAUUCCUAUCAAUGUAUAUAAGCUUCAUGCUCAGCGGUGGCCAUUUGCGGAUUCUGAUUUUGGGCUGUUUCUUUGCAAAUUCCUCCCCUUUAUACAGAAGGCAUCAGUGGGCAUCACAGUCCUCAAUCUCUGUGCCCUUAGUGUGGACAGGUACAGAGCAGUUGCCUCCUGGAGUCGUGUUCAGGGAAUUGGUAUCCCCAUGAUCACUGCUAUUGAAAUUUUCUCCAUUUGGAUUCUCUCCUUUAUAUUGGCUAUUCCAGAAGCAAUUGGUUUUGUCAUGAUACCUUUCAAAUACAAAGAUGAAGAUCAUAUUACCUGCAUGCUCAAUGCUACAAACAAGUUUAUGAUGUUUUACAAAAACGCAAAGGAUUGGUGGCUGUUUGGAUUUUAUUUCUGCGUGCCACUAGCAUGUACGGCUGUCUUUUACACACUAAUGACUUGUGAAAUGUUAAACAGAAGGAACAGCAAUUUGAGAAUUGCCCUCAGUGAACAUCUUAAGCAGCGUCGAGAAGUUGCAAAGACAGUUUUCUGUCUGGUAGUGAUUUUUGCCCUUUGCUGGUUUCCUCUCCAUUUGAGCCGAAUUUUGAAGAAAAUGGUAUACAAUGAAUUGGACCCUAACAGAUGUGAACUGUUCAGUUUCUUGUUGCCACUGGAUUACAUCAGCAUUAACCUGGCAACCAUGAAUUCUUGUAUAAACCCCAUAGCUCUCUAUUUUGUGAGCAAGAAGUUUAAAAACUGUUUCCAGUCAUGUCUCUGCUGUUGCUGCUACCAGUCCAAAAGUCUAGUGACGUCAGUGCCAAUGAAUGGAACAAGCAUUCAGUGGAAAAACCAUGAACUAAAUAACCACAAUACAGAUCGAAGCAGCCAUAAGGACAGCAUAAACUGAGACUGAAGGACACUGAGACCACUUCAAUCCAGGAGGAAAAAAAUGUCACAUGAAAGCUGUUUAAACAGGAAAUCCACUGAGUGUUCCACAAAAUAUAAUCCAUUCAGAAGUUCUUUGCCCUUCUACCUAAUUUCAGAGGUGAUUUAAUGGAUUUACUAUAAAUUUAAAGAUCUGCAAAUUGGGAUCCUCUUGACAAUGUUGCUGUCUCUGAAAAUUACAUCACCUUCUUAUGAAAAUGAAAGUCUCACACAGCACUGUGCAGGAUGUUUGCAGUCUUUGACCCAAGCAGGAAGAGUUCCGUAUGUACCUGGACCUAGCCAUCUUUUUACUUGAUGGCCGAUUAGAAUUAGUCACCAUGGGAUUUUCAGAAGAUGUUGAAUAUGGAAUCUGUGAGGAUAUAGUUUAUCUCUGUCUUUUUGCCACUUUUUAAAGGAAACAUUUAACUGAGUGGUGAAUAUAUUCUGUAUAAAAGUAUGUUUAGCAUGAAUUUUAAAAGCUUUUAUCUGGAAAUGUGUCAGUCCACACCUGUAUUUUAUUUACUUAAUUUUACAGAAUGAGACAAUCCAUUAGCUGGGAAAUUAGCAUUUCACUAUUCAAAGAUAGGAAUAGACCAUCUAAAAAUAGCACCAACAUUAGGCACUUACAGCACAGACUGAUACCAAAAGCAGGGUAUUAUAAUGUGCUAUUUAUUCUAACCCUCUUUACAAAAUAAACAUAUAUUUUUCUAUAUCAGCAAAAGAGCAAUCAUUUGUAAAAGAGAAUCUUGAAGCACAUGUAUAAUUAGCCAGUCAUGUUUAUCUCUUAGGCUUGUUAUUCUGCAGAGACUGUAUCUGUUUUGGAUUGAAAUUGAAGUGGAAUGCAGCAAUAUCAAUGGAACACAGUAAAGUGUUACAAAAAGUGUCCAAAACUCUUCCUAGAAGAUGGUCACUAAAUUACAGAUAUGCAGAAUACUGCUUACAAAUUGUGGACCUGAAGUUUAAGUCCAUGUGGGCAAAACUCCUGUUGGAGUCCAUAGGAGUUGUGCAUGCAUAUGUUCUGAAGCGUGUGUGUGUGUGUGUGUGUGUGAGAGAGAGAGAGAGAGAUGCUUACAAAGUUCAAACAUUUAAAAUGAGUUUGAUGUUUUUAUUGGGGUUAUUAACCAUAUAAAUGCAACUGACAAUAUAAUGUAUAGAUGCUAUUGCUCGCAUACAUGUAAACAUGUGACAUAACUUUUUCUUUGUUAUUGUCAACUUUUUGGUUACAUGGCAUGAAAAUCAUUGUCUGGCUGUUACAUUUGCUGAUUAGGUCGCAUUUUACUAAAUAGUGGAAUGAAAUAUAGCACUAUCAUAUACAAUAUGCCUGCUGCAGAAAUCUGCCAUAAGAUUUAUAGCAUCUGUUUUUCCAGGUUGAAAGGUAAUAGCCACAGCUACACAAUGUAGUUCUUAACAUCCAGUUGUGUUUCAAGUGGAAGACAUGAGCCUGCACAUUAUUCACAAAGUCAAAAUAUUAAGUGACUACAGUGACUUCCACUGCACAAUUUCUCAAAUGUUUACAUGCACAGUGUAUAUUAAAAAACUGCUCCGUAAAUUA